UGUUCAGGUCCAAUGAGAUUUGAGCAGAUUAGGUUCAUAUAGAGGCUGGGAUUAACCUCCACCCGUACGAUAAUCCGUGUCAGCAUAUUUCUUUGACACGUAGCUACACAAUAGAGAUGUUCCUUAAUUCGUUUCGAGAUUUUCUGUUUGAUUUACAGUUUUCUUCUUGAACUUGGGCACCUUGCAGCUCCCUGUCCGGUCUGCCACGACACUGACAGAUUCCUGGGCUGGACCGCCUUGGAUAAGCAUCCUAUGGUAUUUUGUUCAAGAUGGCGGUGGCGAGCAUGGAAAAGGACGCGAUAAACACCAAAGAUGAUCUUCACCUUAAUAAUUCGUUUGGAGAUUCUGGGCUUAUCUCCCCUGAUAAAGAAGACAUCUCUCGUAUUCUGACAGUUCCUUUCAGUGGACGGAUCAGAGGUGGGAUGAGGCCUGGGAAGAAAAUCAUUAUAAUGGGCAUCAUUGAUCCAGAGCCAGACAGCUUUGUCAUCAGUUUGACAUGUGGCCACAGUGAUGAGAAAUACGAUGAAGAGCUCAGUGAUGUGGCCCUUAAACUCAGUGCACGAUUCAACGAAAGACAGUUCCUGAGGAAUGCACGGCUUUCUGGGAAGUGGAGUGAGGAAGAGGCACCCAUAGCUUACUUCCCCUUCAUCCCGGACCAGCCUUUUAGGAUUGAGAUCCAUUGUGAGCACCAGCGUUUUAGGAUCUUUGUGGAUGGACACCAGCUGUUUGACUUUUAUCACAAAGUAAAGUCUUUAUCUGCCAUUAAUAUGAUCUGGAUAGUUGGGAGUCUUCAUAUCACCAAGCUGGGCUAACCAAGCACACCUGAGCACGCGCCAGAAAGGACUUCUCACAGGUGACCAUCUGCACCUGUGCGCUUGCCACAGCUCUCACAAAGACAUCAACAACAUCUGCAUUUUCACUUCUCUUUUGCCCUCUAACCUAACAUCGUGAUGAUUUCUGAGUAUUGUAUCAUAACCUGUUGGUGAAUGGUUGCAAUAUCAGAUGUGUGUUUUCCAGUAUCUUUGCUUCAUACUGUAGCAUAUUUGUUCAGCUUCAAAAGAAAUUCAGGGAUUGCACACUUUGAUAUGCACUCUGUGGCAGUAACAUACGCCUCUGGGGUUUAGCUGCUCGCCAUAGACACUGCCAAUGUACUUGUGCUUGUAGUCUAGCAGUGUAGUUUCAAAAUGAUCCAAAACUCAGGAAAUCAGAUAGAUCAGUAAAUUAUAUUUCAUUUCAUUCUGAUGACAAAUUUACUUUAAAUUAUUAUAAGAUACUCUAAAAUGUGUUGGCUGCUAAAAUAUAGGAGCUCAGAUUCAGCAUUUGUCAUUCCACGUUUGUUUGAUUUGCAUUAUUUAAUCUUAAUAAUUUAAAAUAUUUUGGAAGGAAGAUGUUAUUUUAAAAUGGCAUACCUUUCCUUUCCUGUGUCUGUUCAUUGCAACUUCAUUUUUGGGAGAUAGAUAUGUUACACUGAAAUAUUAGAGAAUGUAGGUUUGCCCCUUAAUAGUCGACAAACUGUUAGUUGACAAGAAGAGGCGUGGUCGAUCAAAAACGUAUUAGUCACAGAAAAAAAAAAAACAAUCCAAAGGAAGUUGAAAAGUCACGUAGUCCGUGAUGUACAGAUUAUUAACAGCUGGUCUUAGUGGUAUUUGCGGUACAUCAGUCAAGAUAUCCAAACCUUUUUUUGUUCAUCAAAUUCAAAUGUGGCUUAUCAUCUGAAACAUGUAAGGAGCAGCAACAUGGCUGCUUUCUCUAACAUUUACCUAGAAAAAUGUAUCCUAUUCAAGUGUUUAUGUGGAGUGUGGAAGCAGCAUGCUCACUAGAUGACCGUUAACUUGGAGGCACCCGUGUGAUCAUUUGCAUUUAACUUAAAAUACUAUAAUUUUCUAACGGAGUAAUACAUCUUUUUGUGUGCACUCACAAUGACAAAGACAAUUGUGCUUUUGUAAAAUAAUGAAAGCAAACAUUACGUUUUCUGCUAUCUAGGGCUCUGUGAACUUGAGGAUGUCAAAAACAGUUAGCCAAAACUCCACAAUAUAUCUAGUGAAAUGUUAAAUGGUCCAAAUCAAAUGGGAAACAAAUAAUUUCAGAUUGUGGAAUCACUGCAGCCGAAAAUACAGAAAACACUUGUUUAUCAAUGAAUUAUUAUAAUGUUAAGGCAAUUGUCUGGGGUUUUUUUUAAUACAAUUUUUCUUGACGCAUUCAUAAUUUUUCUGCCGGUGUCCUGUGGCAAGUUUUAUAUGUUUUAUUUUAUACGCUUCAGUGCUAAUAGUCUAUAGGCAAUUAAAGGCUCAUAUUAAUUAUGAAUUAUAUGGUUCUAUUAAAUAAACGUGCAGUUGAUUAGUCGACUAAUUGCUAAAAAUUAAUGACUGCUAGUCGACUAGAAAAAUCUUUAGUCGAGGGCAGCCAUAGUAGAAUGUCACAUGAGGAUUAUUUAAUUCAAGGUAGAAGACUUUAUUUUUAGAAAUUUGAUCAUCCAGUUAUUCUCUUACACACCUGCACAAUAUUUAAUUACAAGAGUAUAAUGUUAAAUUCUUGGCAACUAAACCAACAAAUUAUUGCUUUUGGACACUUCCAGUGUUUUCUGUGAGGAAUGACUUCAGUGAUGCAGUUUUGCAAAAAAAUAACUCCGCUUAUGUUUACGCUUUAUUAUAGACUUCGUAAAAAAAAAAAAAAAAAUAAAAAAAAAAUUAAGGAG